GGGGUGGGGUGCAGACGGGGUCUCGCGUAGCACGGCAUGCGGACGGUAUGGGUCUGUGUGAGUCCACGCUGCCCGAGAUGGGCAGAGCUCUGAGGCCCCAGAAGAAGGGUAACGCGGGGAAGGGGGCGUGGGAGGGGCAGGCUUCCUCGCUGUCGGGGUGUGCACACACUAACAGGGCAGAAGCGCAGCUGCGCAUGCCCCCGCCCCACCGUUGUUGAUGCCUUUGGGAGAUAACUCGACGGGUAGGGAAGCCAGUCUCCGAAAUGGAAAUUAACUACUCUAGAGGGAGCGAUCAGAGAAAGGGAGCCAGCGGGACGCAUAGGAGUUGGUUAAGCGGAGCGGCGGGGAGACACAGACAUGGAACCAUAAACUCCUGACUCCACAGAUAUGUCUAGUAGCCGAGACAUUGCUUUCUUCACCAUCAGAGGCCGUGCGCCCUGCGUCAGAGACUGACUAGGAGGACCAACGCGAGUGGAAAGGGAGAGAACCGUGGCUGACUAUUUCCUGAAGUCCCUCCUGAUCAUCUUCGUGGUGGGCGGCCCCGGCUGCGGGAAAGGGACCCAGUGCAGAAACAUGGCCACCAAGUACGGCCUCUGCCAUGUGGGGCUGGGCCAGAUGCUGCGGGAGGAGGCUCAGAGGAGCACCAAGCGGGGCCGGAAGAUCCGGGACAUCAUGCAGCAGGGACUCCUGGUGCCCACGGGUCUCAUUCUGGACAUGGUCAGUGACAGCCUAUUGUCUCAUCCAGAGAGCAGCGGUUUUCUCAUCGAUGGCUUCCCCAGAGAGCUGGAACAGGCCAAAGAGUUUGAGCGAAUUGUGGGCAGGGCCCCCAACGCAGUCAUGGUGUUUGACUGCUCCAUGGAGACCAUGGUGCGCAGGGUGUUGCGACGUGGACAGGUGGAGCACCGGGCAGACGAUUCAGAAUCGACCAUCCGCAAGCGUCUAGAAACAUACUACACCCUGUGUGAACCUGUCCUGGCCUUCUACCAGCAAAAGAACCUUCUGCGAAACAUCUUGGCUGAAGAAGCCCCCGACAGCAUUUUUGUCAAGUGCUGCUUGGUCAUUGAGAGUCUGCAGUGAGGCAAGGAGGGGUCAACGUCCAGCCUACUUAAUCCCCCACAGUACACAGGACCCAAGCCUGUGAGGGUUAUGUUCACAACACCUACAAAGGUCAUCUGCUUCAGAGGUCUACUUGCUACUUGAAGGGUGGAAGACAGACGGCAGCCAGUAAGACACGGGGAGGUUUUGUUACCAUUUAUUUGUGAAGUUAAAAACGAGCGAUAAAAAGUAAAAACUGCCAUACAA